AUGGUUGAAGAGACUAGAAAGCAACAAAAAAACACAGCAAUAGAAAAUACAAAAAGUUUACUGUCGCUUGCGUCCAUUGGUUAUCUGGUUGUUGUUGCCAUUGGUACUCGGUGCAACCAUGCCAUUGGUUAUGUGGCUCUUCCUACGGUCGGUAUUCGGUCCCUUGCGUCCAUUGGUUAUGUGGCUCCUGUUGCCAUUGAUGUUCGGUCUGUUGUGUCCAUUGGUUGUCUGACUGCUGCUGUCAUUGAUGUUCUUUUUGUUGUGUCGAUUGGUUGUCUGGCUGCUGCUGCCAUUGUUGUUCGGUAUGCUGCGUCUAUUGGUUCUCUGGCUCAUGUUGCCAUUGGUUUUCGGUCGCUUACAUCGGUUCCUCUUCUUUCACUUUCGUCCCACUCCCUGAUGCCCCAGAGGGUUAACAACCAUAAGGUCAUCCGGAACCUCCCAAUCACUAAGUUCUAA